AUGGGCAGCGUAACGCCAGACAUGCGUCUGCCCAGUGACACCAAAACAUCAACAUCCACCGCUUCCACAACAACAACACCAACAACAUCCGCACCCGCAACAACGCGGGUCCACCUUUCUCAUCAUCUUCAACAGCAGCAGCAUCUGCCCACGCAGUCCGAAAUUCCCGUGCUAGCCCACGACGACGAAAACGACCAUCUCCCACCCGCCCGUCCAGUGCCCGUGCUGUCGGCUUCGUCAGCUCGAAACAACCUUGCAAAACCCUCAGAUCAGCAUCAACACUCGAGACCACGCACCGCGCCCUCGCAGUCCAAGUCGCGAGACAACAACAGCAGCAACAACGCCGCCUUUGAACCGCCCAUCCCCAAGAUCGCCAUCUUCGCUGACGCGCUGUCGCUUAAGAAGUUGCGCGAGCAGUACCAGACCAUUCGCAAGUCGCCCACCCUUCCAGACCUGUCACAACCCAACGACAACCUCAAACGCCCGCAGUCUCGGCGUGUGUACUCUGCCACGCCCAAUCUCGCCUCCCCUCGUCUUCCCGAGACCGACGUCGACAGCAAGACUUCCUCCUCUUCGAAACGAGCGCCCGCCUCGCGGUCUAGCAAUGGUGUAGACACUGGCAAAGGACCGCCGCCCGCACUCGUCACUCGUUCAUCUUCCUACACGGGCUUUGACCCUGCGCGUAGAGCCCAGUCACCUGCUGCCGCCGCAUUUGCCCAACAGCGGCAGAAACCGUACAGCUUGCGCCCUCUCGCGACCGAGACGUCCAGGCCCUCGUCGGACUCGUUUGACUUGCAGAGCCCGCGCGACCGCCAGUCCAGCGACUUUUUCUCGCCGCUCUCGCCGGGAGUGGCCACAUCCGGGUUUGAAUCUUCGCUAGAAGCUAUCAUGGACCAACAGUCCACCUACAGCGAUGCCCAGGAGUAUUUGGAAGAUCGCACCUCGAAGUAUACCGGAGGCUUGUCCACCGGCCAAGGCGUCUCUUCCGGCGCAGGCACAGAGGCCAGCGGACGCUCGACAGAGGAUCUGUUCCUGAACGAAGCACAAGACGGCCCCUCGCCAACGGGGACCCAAGAUAUGUCUACAGGGCACCUUGAAAGGCCACUGUCUGGUAGGGGCCGGAGCAACCCGCAGCGAACAUCCCUACCGGUGUCUUCCAAGUCUCGCCGCGAUUCCAUGGGAAGCCUCGAAUCAGGCGCACGAUCCAUGCUGCCCGCCACAGAGCGCUCGUACGUUGGCCAACGCAGAGCCUCCGUCAACUCCACACCACCUUCGAUGAACUCAAGUCUUCGGAACCCAACCUCGUUGUCUGCAGACUCCCGUUUCAACAGCAGCAUGUAUCGCAGCCGAUAUGCUGCCUCUAACACAACCCCACAACACUCAUCUCGACGGCCCUCCGUACCAGGGGACACAGCUAGCGUCUAUUCCCGACCAAGCCUCUAUCGCCCUUCCAAAUUGAACCAAUAUUCAACUCGAGACUUUGACUCCAUCUCUAUGGCUGAUUCCCCACUCGAGCAUCGUGCAUUCGCACUUCGCGCUGAGCACAAUGAUGAGGCUGAGUCCGUCGUCUCGGGUAUGCAGUCCGAAAUGCUUGCCCGCCUCCAGGAGCUGGAUAAACGCAUGCGGCGGAUGGAACAGGAGAAGCUCGUGUCAACGGGCUCUAAUGGAUCGAACGAGCGACCCAAGACGGCCACUACUGCGACAACACCGCUUACCACGAUGUCAUCAUCACCGCGAAACCAGUUUAAGACGGGCCGAUCGCCGCAGGACUCCGUCAUUGGGGCUCCUGCCGCAGCCACGGCAUACCCAGUUCUUCACCAGACGUUGGAACGGUGUAGGAGUGUGCUGAGCACGGAGGUUUAUCGUGCACUAGAGCUUGUCACUUCUGAUGCUCUUGAACUCGCUUUACUGACUGGCAAUUCUGGGGCGGGCGGAGGUGCGCCUGGGUCAAAUUCCGUUGUCAAUGGAGGAUUCACUAGUGAACGGCAGCUCAGACGGAAGGCGGACAACGUUGUGCGGAGCCUGCAAGAUCUCUGCGUAGAGUUGUGCAAAUUGGACACAAGCGAGCGCGCUGCUCCAUCCUCACGACCUGGGACGAGCAGCGGACGACCUGUCAGCGUACAUGACGCGCCUCCUUUGUCCGUUACGAACCGGAGCAGUUUGGUUAGAGCGCAGAGCAGAGCGUCCAGCGUGGAGCCAUCUACAGCUGCAACCUCAGACACUACACGAGUCGUUUCCAGCAGGGCACUUGACCGAAUCGAAGCGCGAAGAGCGUCUAUGAACAUGGGUGUCUCUAACAGCCCCCGCGAGGCGUCCGAAGGCUUCAACAGGAACAGCAUUCAGCUGUCCACCAGCGUUGAAACUACGCCUACGUCUCAGCAGCAAACCGGCACUAUAUCAAAACUGCCUCGCUCAGGAACAUCACUGCUUCGUUCGCGCCGUGCGCAAACAGAAGAGCCCGAGGAAGAAUCAAGCCCUCGUCCCAUCUCCAGAGCGGCGACAGAAAUAGGCACUCUUCGCAAACGUCAGAACCGACUGUCUGGCUCGCACCUCCAGCGCACAUCGCGAGAGUACACAUCCAACGUACCGCUACCAAAUUCCUCUCCUGUAGGAGCCACAACAAUGCCUGCCACGGCAACAACGGUCUCCACACCCCCUACAUCUUCUUCCUUGCGCCGCAUCACUGGCACGUCCCUCCGUAACGAGUCUCCUCGUUCAGCAUCCUUUGCCAGCUCACUAUUGCGCGAGCCGCGUCGUGCUAUAACAAUGCUAGAGAAGUCGCCAGAACCGGAAUCGCCUGCUACGCCUACCACCCCUGUGACGCCUGGAAAGACGACUUCUGCUGGUGUUGGCGAGGAGGAUAGCAAUGCUAGCGGUGGGAAUCGCAGACUCCUGAGGAGGAGUUUGGGUUUAUACACAAGCGGUGCGAGGGCUUCUCUUGGCCUUGGGCUGGGUAAAAGAGCUGAGAGGAGAACUGUCGUUGCUGGUGCUUCAGGUGAAUGAACGAAUUGUCGGAGUCUUGUAAUCUCCGUUCCUACGCCGCACUUGCCCAUUUCUUCCCAAGGGGUACAAACUCCCGCAUCUCACGACGCCUCGCGAUUAUCAUUUUUUUUAUUCGGCAAUUUUUUUUCACGAAGCGGCAUGAUUUUAAACAAAGACGAGGCCACACCCGCCAUCAUUCAUCUCUUUUCUUUCGAUUCACGAACUCGCUGUAAGUUACGGCAUUACCGACGACAACAAACACGACUGCCGCGACUGGCCUUUCAUGUACGAAUAUUUUGAACCACUUUUCCGUCCUUUUGACAGCUACUGUCGAAGGAAGCCAGGAAACCCAUUGGAUGCGAUCGAAUCAGUUGAGUUUUUUUUUUUGUUAUUUUGAAAACUACACAGCGAGGCGUUCGAAUUGCUUUCUUGUGUUGGUGGUUUUCGCUUUUUUUUGGGAUGCUCAUUUUUUUUUCAAACGGUUGCGUGUGUUCAUGGCCCCCUAACCUACUUUUGACGGGUGCACCCGCACGGCAUAUGGUGGCUUUCGUAGGACGAUAAAACCGCUUUUUGUACGACUAUAGCAUAAAUCCAUGAUUCUUUGACCCCAUCCUCCAUUUCCAUCGCGUAAGAUGGCGUGCGGAGCGCGGAUGGAGGGAGGGAAUGAGCACGGUUGUUUCUGUGCCUUAGCAUGUCAAAAAGUCAACUACAAAUGGAAACAUGGCUCUUACGAUACGCACACACACAC